AUGUAUCAUCAAGAACAACAUCCAGUCGGUGCUCCUCCACCACAAGGAUAUCCUCCUAAGGACGCUUACCCUCCGGCGGGUUAUCCUCCAGCCGGUUAUCCGCCGCCGGGAUAUGCUCAGGGAUACCCUGCGCAAGGUUAUCCUCCGCCGCAGUACUCUCAAGCUCCUCAGCAAAAGCCACAAGCCGGUAUGCUUGAAGGAUGUUUGGCUGCGCUCUGCUGUUGCUGUCUCUUGGAUGCUUGUUUCUAA